AUGUCUGCAUCUGAGAAGGAGGCGGGAGAUCAGAUUGACUACGCACACAGUGACGAUACCCCAAGCAAGAAAAAGCGUUCAACCUCAGAAACCCUCGAGUAUCCCCGAAGACGAGCAACAAUAGCAUGCCAGAUAUGCCGACUACGCAAGACUAGAUGUAAUGGAGCCCGACCCAAGUGUCAACUGUGUUCCGACCUCAAUGCAGAAUGCGUGUACAGAGAGCCUGGAAUCAAACUAGACGCCGGUGACAGGCUGAUACUCGACCAAUUGACUCGAAUCGAGAGCUUGCUACAUUCGAACCUCCCAGCCCAACCGCAUUCGGCUUCAGCCUUAUCGACAACCUCUCCUGCCACCAGCAACGACACCAACAUAGGCAGCGAUGAAAUCUUAACACGAACACCGAGCGGUUUACCAGUCCAUGGCCGACUAUCUGCCGUAGGCCUGGGAUCCUGGGUAAACCCACCUGCCAGCAUUAGCAUCUCCACAAUGCCCAAAAUGCACACCACCCCAGCGCUCCAUCUUCUCCAAUGGCCCUUAAUUCGAGACCUGGUCCCAAACGCCUACGGUCCUCAACACCUACUCCGACUCGAAAUGGCCCGUGAACCAUUACGGUUAACGCCUAAUUCAGGCUUCGAUCUGACCAAUGCCUCGACAUACGCACAGGCCUUUUUCACGCAUGGAAACGUCUGGUAUGCCUGCGUGAAUCCUCACACGUGGAAUCAAUACUAUCAAUCCGCAUUGGCGCAGGGUUUUCAAGAAGGCCCAAUGAGCUGUUUUGUCCUUCUGGUGCUCGCCCUCGGGAGCGCUGCACACAGUGGCAGUAUCUCGUUCGUGCCGACGGAUCAUGAAUCCCCAGGACUUCCCUACUUUGCCGCUGCAUGGAGCUUUCUGCCGUCUGUUAUGAUGCAGAAUACCGUCGUCGCGACUCAGUGUAUGGUGUUGGCAUCCGCGUAUCUGUUUUAUGUGGUUCGACCUCUAGAAGCAUGGACUUUGCUAUCAAACGUGAGCUUGAAGCUGCAAUUGUUGUUCGGCAGCCCGGAUCGCAUUCCUGCUCAAUGGCGAGAAUUGAGUGUUAGGGUCUAUUGGAACGCUUUGCUGUUCGAAAGUGACCUUUUAGCGGAACUGGAUCUCCCCCAUUCUGGUAUCGUCAACUUCGAGGAAAUCGUAGAUCUCCCAGGCGGAUUUGAGGAAGAGGAUGAGAACGACGGGGAUGAGGGAGAGCGGGAGAGAAAUGAUCUAGCUGCUCGGCAUGAUAAUCUUUGGUACUUCCUAGCUGAGAUCGCGCUGCGAAGAUUAUUGAACCGCGUCAGCCAUAUCAUCUACCAGAAAGACAGCACGCAUACCCUGUCGACGUUAGGGCCGAUCGUCUCGGAGCUUGAUUUUCAGUUAUCGCAGUGGUACGACAGUCUUCCUCGACCUAUCCAGUUUCCAUUGACACAAUCGCCUCUUUCAAAUCCUGUUCAGACGGUGCUGAGGCUUCGCUACAAUGCAUGUCGGACCAUCAUCUAUCGCCCGUACAUUCUGGCGGUCUUGGAGGAUGAACAGGCUGGAGCGGAUGCAGGGGUGAAAGAGUGUUGUCGACGAUGUCUCGAUGCUACAGUUCGUCAGUUGGAACAUAUCACUAGUCACCGCGAAGGCCAUCUUCCAUACCUUUGGCAAGGUGCCUUGUCGAUGGUCUCACAAACACUACUGAUCAUGGGGGCUUCCAUGUCUCCUACACUGUCAGCUUUACUUCCGCCCACGCCGAGGACAGAUGCUAUUAUCGCGGGUGUGGUGUCGGAAGUUGAGAGAUACGCGCGCUUAGCACCUAGCUUGAAGUUGUCUGCUGAGAUCAUUCGGGAUGCGGAGCGACGAAGGCAAAUUCGUCUCCGGUCAGCGGGGAGAUGA